UUGAUCGUUCACUUCCUCUUCACCCGUAAACUUGGAGGAAAGGUACCAGAGCUAUGGAGGUUCCAGGGAAGAAACUGCAAGCAGGGACAUCUGCAGAAGACACAACAUACUGCCAGCCCUGUGAGCAAGAUGACGAAUUCCUGCAUGCUGAGUUCUACUGUCCAGUCUGCAAGGAGUUCUUCUGCUCUAACUGCGCAAGGGUCCAUAGGAAACAGAAAAUGUCAAGAUCACAUUUACUUAUUGACAAAUCAAAUAUGCCUACGUCUACCGGUGGCCUUGAAGUUGAAUAUGAAUGCACAGUGCCUUGUGAUAACCAUCCAAAAGAGUCUAUCAAAUACUUUUGCAGCACCCAUCAGACCCUGAUUUGUGGACACUGUUCAGUACAGAACCAUCGAUCGUGUCAUGCUGAUGUUAUAUCAGAUAUAUCCAAGGACUUCAAAGAUGACCAAGAGUAUUGGGAUGUCAUAAAAACAAUUGCCAGGUUAUUUGAAGACAUUAAUUCGUGCGCGUAUGCUGUGGAGAAAAACGUUGACGUUGUAGCAAAGUUAGGUGAAAAUGAAGUUGAAAAGCUGAGAAGAUACCGAGAGGAAGUUAACAAGUAUUUUGAAGAAAGAGAACAGGCACUGUUAAAGCUAAAAGAGAAGACGAAAAACACGGAUGAAGAACUAUUAGGGUCUCUGAAACCGAAAUAUACAAACCUGAAGACCAGGCUGGAAGAAAUAAAUGUCACACUUGAAGCACAAGGAAACAAUAUGAUACAGUUUUUCAUUGAGACCAAAAGAGCCAAGAAACUAUUAGAGGGUCUGCAGAAUGACCUUGCUGACAUUAACAAGAAAAACGUAAUUCACCACUACGAAUUCAGAAAGGAUCCAGCCACAGAGCGUCUUAUUGCAUCUGACACUGGCAUUGGGACAUUAGAAAACAUUGUGACUGAAAACACAACCACAUCAGCAGACAGCAACCAAGGCAUAAUAGGACUAACAUUUCAGGGAGAUGGCCCAAGGGAUACCAUGGCAACUGCCGAACCUACAGUGGGUAACGCCACUGAAGACUUGACCGUAUUACGGUUUACACCAGCAUCGGACAUCCCAAUAAAGUCUCCAACUGAUAAUAGGGACUGCUACCUGUCUAGCAUGCUCCACCUUGCCGGGUCCAGACUGCUGCUAACUGACUGGCACAACUGCACAGUUAAGUUGGUAGACAUGCAGACCAACAGCCUGGUGUUCCAGAUCGAGGUUCUUGGUUCACCAUGGGAUAUAUGUCUUCUACCCAGGGACAGGGUUGCUGUUACUCUCGCCACUAUGGGUAUUCAGUUCCUGAAGACUCGAGGGCAACUCGCUCUUGGUGACCAUAUCGAAUUAAAUGAUGAUUGUCGAGGUAUUGCUUAUCAUGAAGAUAGGUUAAUAGUGUCCUUCUUCAAUGGAAAUGUAAAAGUAUUGAAUAUGAAUGGGCAUGUUAUAUGCAGUGAACAAGAACAGUGUGGACAUCCUUACUACUUAACAGUUGUAAAUGAAAGUUCGUCUGCUUACGUCUACGUAUCAGACAUUCACAGAAAUACCAUUACAAAGCUUGACAUGAACCUGAAAAUUAUCAAGACCUUCCGGGAUCCUGCGUUGAAAGGAUCAGGAAGCAUCACGGUUUUCGGAAAGCACUUAUUAGUUUGUAGUUCUGCAGGUGACAGAAUUAUGAGACUGAACUUGUCCAAUGGUCAGAUGACACAAUUGGUCGGUAAGGAAAAUGGGAUGCACAGUCUGUUGUAUGCUUACUACUGUCCGCCGCAGAACAAGCUUCUUGUCACGCAAUAUGGGAACAAUUCAGUAAAAGUGUACAAUAGUAUCAAAUAAUGCCAGCCAAUGGAGUGAAAUGGUUGGAAACAUCGACUAAACAUGCACUUAAUCUUCGACAUUCAGUUGUUGCAUUCAAAUGAGAAUGUUACGUGUAGUAUUUAGACAAAUUUAUUGUAAUGAUGCCAUUUGUAUUGCGCACUUUCCGAGAACAAAAUCAAUAUAAGCGUACAAUUUAAUAUUUUUGUAACUGUUCAAUCAAUUACGUGUAGAUCUGUUUUAACAAUAAAAUUGUUGUUCUUG